AUGGUAACUAUGACUCUCUAUACUAAAUUGAAACAGUUUAUACAAUCUACACCGCUUUUUAGAGCGAGUUCAGACGAGACAAAAGCAAAACCAACUCAGGAUCGUGUCCUGUAUAAACAUAUCUCGGAUGACGACGACGCUACGGAUUUGAGAGCUGAUCUUUUUAAGUCUCGCUCAAUCGAUGAUAUUCUAGACGAUAUAGGCUUGAGAUUAUUUCAUUUGAAAGUGAUCCUAAUACUUGGCUUACUAAACAUGACACAUUCACUUGAAGUUUCCAUGUUAUCAAUCAUACUUCCAAAUAUAAAAUCAGAUUGGAAUGUUUCAUCACUGUUGGCUGGAGUCUUAACGUUCUCACUAUCAAUUGGAGUAAUAGUGGGCUCUUGGUUUUGGGGCUGGGUAUGUGACAAAUACGGACGAAAACGUGGUUUUAUUGGCAGUGCCACUUUUAUAGUGGUUUUCGCAUUUGCAAGUGCGUUUUCACCAAACUAUUACUGGUUAUGGAUAAGUCUUUUCUUGGUCGGGUUUGGGAUAGCAACCAUAUUUGAGACUUAUGUUAUGACUAUGGAAUUAUUCCCACCAAAAUAUCGAACUAUGUUUGCUUUAUUAAACUCGGUAUCUUGGACAUUAGGCUUUCUACUUUCAGCAAUUGUCUCUACUGAGCUUUCAGUAAUCGGCUUUCAUUGGGCUUUAGCUAUCGUGUGUUUUCCAACCGCACUUUUCAUUAUUGGUAUUGUAUUUCUCCCUGACACGCCACAUUACCACCUAGCUGCCGGAGACGAGCAGAAAGCUUUGGAUAUUUUACAAGAUUUUGCACCAGAAAUGGACUUCAGCAGCACAAAACUCAACCGAGAUCACGAGUCAAAGAGGGCGGAUAUCACACAGCUAUUUCGAUCAGGUUAUUGGAAAAUCACAAUAUGCACUUGUAUGGCCUCUUUCACCAUCAUGAUAGCGUACUACGUUUUGAUAUACACCGCAUUUGAUGUCGCCAGCGGUAAAAAUACGACGUCUACGGUAAAUAGUCAUGAACAAAAUAACCUGGGUAGUUCGAGUGGUGAUUUGUAUUCCACAAUGGCUUGGAUGAAUUUGCCUGAGUUGGUGAUAAUAAUUACAGUUGCUGUAGGGUGUUAUAUUUUUACAGUGAAAAAUACAUUGCUAGCUCUAUUAUUACUGACAGUAACAUUACAAAUUGUAGCCUUGUUUGUUCUAAACCAAAGGACUGCAUUACUUGUAGUCACAAUGCUAUCGCGAAGUCUGGUUGUAUCAACAAUUGGCGUGAUUUUUGUUUAUGCUUCGCUGCUCUACCCGACUGAAAACCGUAGCAUUGGCGUCGGAGCUUGCUUUUCCAUAGGUCACGUUGGGAUGCUCCUAGGACCGUUCAUAUUCGAGACACUCUUUGAACAAGCGUAUUUUUACGGGAUUGUGUCGAAUAUUGGGAUUGUAGUGUUUGUAUUUAUUGCAAUUGCCUUGUUGCCUUCACGAAGUAGCGCUGCGCUUGAUUGA